AUGGCUUUCCUCGUACGUAAUUUCUCUCGCAAAAUCUACCCGGCUCAACUUUUCAGGGUGUACCACAGCGGCGCCUUCACAGACUUGACGAUCACCUGUGCGGGUGAAAAUUUUAAAGUGCAUACAGUCGUGGUCUGCACCCAAUCACCAUUUUUCAACACGGCUUGUAGCGGGCCGUGGAAGGAGUCUCAAAACACCAUCGUCGACCUCGCAGAAGACGACAUUGAAGUUGUGAGAAGAAUGAUCGAAUUCUUCUAUCGAGCGGACUACACAGAUUUCAAAGACGAGAAAUUCACACGACACGCCCAAGUCUUUGCCAUCGCAAUCAAGUAUGAUAUCGAAAUGCUCUCAGGGCAAUCGACAAGUAUUGUGAAGCGGCCUUAA